UGUUUUUGCAAAAUAUGGCCUCUUAUGAAGCAGUUUGCACUGCCAGUUUCAUUCACCUCAUACUCGGGUUGGCAGUAUGGUUUAAGCCACCUGCUGAGAGCUGUUCACCUGCUCCGAAUUUGGGCAGCUGGAUCUUCGUGGGAGCUCCCAUACUUUUGGCCACCGACAUUAGAAUGUAUCCAAAGCGUUAUAUGCACUUGCCGUAUGCAAUUCAGUUUUUGGUUGAGACGGUCGGAUCUCUGGCCAUCAUCGAGUUCUCCGCAAUUGUGGUUUGGUGUGCGUUGGAGUGCCUGAUUCAUCACCUAGUGAGGUUGCUAUUUUUGUCAUGUGGAAUGGGCGAUGAGACCUACCUGGCACUGGAGUAUUGGCUCCUUUUAAUUCCCACUACGGCCUUGGCCUCCACUCUAUUAUAUAUAAUGAAGAUGGCCAUUAUACCGCAUAUCCCUAUAAAGUCAAUUUAUGAAAAGCAGCAGAUUAAGGUGCAGCUGGACGAGCGUGUCUACAAUAACCUGGUUCGGCGAAGGAAUAGAAGUAAGAACAAAUAUGGAUAGUCGAUGAAAUCAUUGAUUUUAAAUCAAUUAUGUUAUAGGGUCACCAAAUACACUCAACAGACACUUCCGAACUUCCGGAAAUUAAAAGAGGUUUCUUUUCAUAUAUUAA